UAUAGCGGUCAACCAACGUGUUAUUGUGUCUAAAUAUCGUAAAUAUUUUAUCAUUCAGUGUAGUAUUUAUUAUGUACGAAUUGGUAGAGUUUGACGACGCUGCCGGUGCCAUUUCGAUUGUGCAUACCUCAUGGUUUACCCCGCGCAAAACGGAGGUGUUUUUUGGCCUCCAUAUAAUGAACUCGGCAAAUUUCACCAGGCCGUUAAAAAAGGAGAAGCGGUAAAUGAAUCCACAUGGGAGUUAUGCAAAGUAAAACGAACCUUUUAUAACUGUGAUGAUUUUGAAAAGAUUAAUGAGAAGUUAAAUCUAGCAAAAGAGACAUCUGACGUUCAAAGCGAAACAGAGAAUUUUAUGGUUAAAAGGAGGAAAAUAAAAGCCAGGAAAUUAUAUGACAAUUCAACUGAUGACGAAGAGGAUGUAGACGUAGGAUUGAAGCGACCACCUCAGAUUCAAAAACCUAUUUGUAAAAAAAAAGAAAAUUGUGUAAGAACUGUGAAUGAUAAUGAAAUUGUACAAGUAGUAAAUACUCCAACAUCGUCUGUUUCCACUCGCGAUUAUGCAGCAGAUCGUAGCCUACCGAUAGAACUAGCUAUGACACUGAUCCCCACUAUUGCGUUGACGUCACAACUGACGGCGGCCGUCAUAUCGACUUUUAGGGCCGGUUUAUUCAAGCUCAAGUAAAGUUCAAAGUAAGUUACUGGUUCAAGUAAGAGAGACAUCUGUAUAUUCACAGCCAAGUAAAUUUACAGGGGCGUGUAAAUAGCUUACUGGUAAAGUAAACUUAUAGGCUACUUCAAUGCGCCAGUAAGGUGUUACUUCAGUUAUUCUAACCUCACACUUUGUAUUGUAUGUAAACAAUGGACGUUAUCGACGAUAUUUUGUUAUUUAACGAAAUGGAUAUUAUUAAUAACAUUGAAAGGCGACCCUAUAAUACAAUUAAUAGAUUUCGUCACGUCGAUAACUUUCACGAGUGGGAUGAAACUGAUUUUGUAAGACGGUUUAGAUUGUCUAAAGCUUCCGUCCUUGUAGUAUUAGAGUUAAUACAAGGUGAU